AUGCGAGACGUUGAUGAAACCAGCCUGAAAACUCGAAAGGACAUUAACAGAUUGACAAUCGAAGAGGAAUACAAACUCAGGGUGGCCAUGGAACGUUUUAUGGCUGACAAAUCCAUCAAUGGUUACCAAGCCCUGGCCGAAUUCCACGGUCUUCCGGCAAAAUGUCCCCGACCAGACGCCCUUAACCGUGUAGCCUGCUGUGCGCAUGGUAUGGCAACCUUCCCCCACUGGCACCGAUUGGUAAUCGUUCAGUUUGAAGACGCAUUAGCAGCUCGUGGCUCUCCCAUUGGUGUUCCCUAUUGGGACUGGACCAAACCUCUUGAUUCCAUUCCACAUCUCCUUGCUGACGAAAAUUACGUCGAUCCUUACACAAAGGAGACUAAACCCAAUCCAUUCUUCCGGGCACCUAUUGACUUCUUGAAGGCCAAUGUAUUUACUGCAAGAAAGAUUGACGAAAGAUUGUUUAAAAAACCAACUGUUGGUGAUCAUGGUUAUCUCUUUGACGGCAUGCUGUUGGCCUUUGAACAACAUGAUUUCUGUGACUUUGAAGUGCAAUUUGAAGUCACCCACAACGCCAUCCACGCUUGGGUCGGAGGCAACGAGCCAUACUCAAUGUCCACCUUGCAUUACACUUCAUUUGACCCAAUGUUUUGGCUCCAUCACUCGCAAGUCGACAGACUGUGGGCAAUUUGGCAAGCACUUCAGAUCCAAAGAGGACUACCAUACAAAGCUCACUGCGCAAGUUCAGAUGUCCAUCAACCAUUGAAACCCUUCGCUUUCCAACCACCACUUAAUAAUGAUGAACUGACUCAUUCGCAUUCAAUUCCCACCGAUGUGUACGAUUACCGAACAGAACUGAAGUAUACAUACGACACCCUGUUCUUUGGAGGCAUGUCCAUCCGCGAACUGCAGCAUCACAUCGAGGAGAACGAAGCUAAGGACCGUGUAUUUGCCGGUUUCCUUCUCAUGGGAAUCCAUACCUCUGCCAAUGUUGAUCUCUAUGUUGUGGCCGGAGGCAACGAAUAUAUGGCCGGUUCAAUUGCUAUACUUGGUGGCAGCAAAGAAAUGUCGUGGAGAUUUGAUCGCGUCUAUAAACAUGACAUCACAUCUGCCUUGGCUGCUCUUGGAGUAGAUAAAUUUGGAGAUUACACUCUGCGUGUCGACAUUAAAGACGUGAAUGGUACAGCUCUGCCAUCCACAAUAAUUCCGGCUCCAAUAGUCAUUUACGCUCCUGCAAGAGUGGAAAGUGUGAAAUUCGAUGAGACCCACCGAUCCAGAAAAGAUGUUGCCAGUAUGACCAAGCAGGAAAUGAACGAACUCCGAACAGCAUUGGCUGCUUUUGCCACUGAUAAAACCAAUACUGGUUACCAACAAGUGGCUGCUUUCCACGGAUCUACUAAAUGGUGCCCUAGUCCUGACGCUGCUGUCAAAUAUGCCUGCUGUCAACAUGGUAUGGCCACGUUCCCUCAUUGGCAUAGGUUACUCACUGUGAACUUCGAAAACGGAUUGAGACGAAAUGGUUAUCAUGGAGGUGUUCCUUACUGGGACUGGACUCGUCCUAUUCAUGCCCUUCCCGCGCUUGUAGUCGAAGAACAAUACACAGAUGCAAAAGGAGAGGCACAUCCAAAUCCGUUCUUCAGUGGUGCCAUUGAUGAGGUCAACGCUAAAACAAGUCGAGCACCAUCACCAACACUUUUUGAACAACCUGAAUUCGGACAUUAUACUCACCUUGCUGAUGAGAUAUUUUAUGCGUUGGAACAAGAAAACUUCUGUGACUUUGAAGUCCAGUUCGAAAUCGCACAUAAUCACAUCCAUGCCCUGGUCGGUGGAACAGAGCCCUACUCAAUGUCAUCCCUUGAGUAUUCUGCCUUUGAUCCGAUUUUCAUGCUACAUCAUUCGAAUGUCGACAGGAUCUGGGCUACAUGGCAAGCACUGCAGAAAUUCCGAGGAAAGUCCUACAAUUCAGCCAACUGUGCUAUUGAAAUGCUCCGUCGGCCAAUGUCGCCAUUCAGUCUGUCAAGUGAUAUCAACUCUGACGCACAAACUCGUGAGCAUUCUGUUCCUUUCGACGUAUUUGAUUACAAGAAAUCUUUCCACUACGAAUACGACACAUUAGAAUUGAACGGUCUGUCUAUCCCACAGUUGUCGAGAGAAAUCAACAGACGAAAGGCGAAAAACCGAGUGUUUGUCACUUUUAUGCUUGAGGGUCUUAAGAAAUCUCUUCUCGUUCAGUAUUAUAUUAAAGACGAUGCAAGUGAUAAAAAAAUGAAAGCCGGCGAAUUCUACGUGUUGGGAAGUGAAAACGAAAUGCCCUGGAAAUAUGACCGAGCCUUCAAAUCCGACAUAACCCACGUUAUGGACGAAAUGAAUCUUCAUUACACCGACAAGUACCAUAUUGAAUAUACUGUUACUGAUAUGAAAGGCGAAACUGUAGAUGUAAAACUCAGUCCAACAGUUGUAUAUCAACCAGGUCUUGGUCAAUACAAGGAUUCUAAAAUCUGGAUAAAUCCUGUCACAAGCGCGAACCGAAUCAGAAAGAACUUGGAUACCCUUAGUGCUGGAGAGAUAGAAUCUUUGAGAAAUGCUUUCAAACAAAUUGCUAAAGGUGGUAAAUACGAACAAAUCGCAGCAUUCCAUGGCCUUCCCGCUCAAUGCCCCAACGAAGAUGGCUCCGCAGUUUAUACAUGCUGUCUACAUGGUAUGCCUACAUUCCCACACUGGCAUCGUCUCUACGUAGCCCUAGUCGAAGACGAAUUAUUGGCUCACGGUUCUGGAGUUGCUGUACCCUAUUGGGACUGGGUAGAACCAUUCGAUGCGUUACCAAAAUUCAUCAACGAAGCCUCCUACUACAAUUCUCGCACUCUUCAUAUUGAGGAAAAUCCUUUCUUCAAAGGAAAAAUUAGCUUUGAAAGCGCCAUAACUGACCGUGAUCCACAACCAGAGCUCUUUAAUAACAACUAUCUCCAUGAUCAUGCGCUCUUUGCGUUUGAACAAACAGAUUUCUGCGAAUUUGAGGUGCAUUUCGAGGUUCUUCAUAACACAAUCCAUUCUUGGCUAGGAGGUCGCGAUCCUCAUUCCAUGUCUUCUCUUGACUAUGCUGCCUACGACCCUGUUUUCUUCCUUCACCAUAGCAACGUGGAUCGCUUGUGGGCUAUUUGGCAAGAGCUUCAACGUUACCGUAAAUUGCCAUUCAACGAAGCCAACUGCGCUUUGCCACUGAUGAACCAACCGAUGCGUCCAUUCAGCAAUAGUACGGCCAACCAUGAUCGUUUGACCUUUACCAACAGCAGACCAAGCGAUGUCUUUGACUACCAAAACGUCUUGCAUUAUAAAUACGACACUCUAUCUUUCACUGGUCUCAGCAUUCGUCAGUUAGACAGGAUCUUGCGACAGAAACAGGAACACGAUCGUGUUUUUGCCGGCUUCUUGCUUCAUGGAAUUAAGGCGUCCGCUGAUGUCCGUAUUUACAUUUGUGUUCCCACUGGUACUGAUGAAGAAAACUGCGGAAACUAUGCUGGUAUUUUCUCAGUUUUGGGAGGAAACUCGGAGAUGCCCUGGAGGUUUGAUCGUCUUUUCCGUUAUGAGAUCACCGACAGUCUGAAAAAAUUAGGUCUCAACCAAAACAGCCAUUUCCGUGUCAUAACCGAAGUUACAGCAGUCAAUGGUUCCAGAAUCAUGCAAAAGAUCUUCCCCGAUCCGACCAUCAUUUUUGUUCCCAAAGAAGAGGCUUCCGUAAAUGUUUCCACAGAAACAUCCGUGUACGGAAACUUGGUGCGAAAGAGUGUUGAUCGUCUGUCUUUGCAAGAAGUUAAUUCUUUAGUACACGCUUUGAAACGUAUGCAGAAAGAUAAAUCGCCAAGUGGAUUCGAAACCAUUGCUUCGUUCCAUGCUCUUCCUCCCUUAUGUAUCAGCGAAGCAGACAAACGUCGUUAUGCUUGCUGCGUUCAUGGUAUGGCUACAUUCCCUCAAUGGCACAGAUUGUAUGUGGUCCAGUUUGAACAAGCUCUGAACAGACAUGGCGCCAGUGUCGGUGUGCCUUACUGGGACUGGACAUACCCAAUGAAGGAAAUUCCAAGUUUGAUUGCGUCGGAGAAAUACACUGAUCCUUUCACUGGCGUUGAGACAUUUAAUCCUUUUAACCACGGCCAUAUUAGCUUUAUCAGCGCCGAAACCAUGACUGCCCGAGAUGUGAAUCAGCAUUUGUUUGAACAGCCUGCUCUCGGAAAACAGACCUGGCUCUUUGACAACAUUAUUCUGGCCCUGGAACAGACAGAUUACUGUGAUUUCGAAAUCCAAUUCGAGAUUGUUCAUAACGCUAUCCAUUCUUGGGUGGGAGGCAAGGAACUUUAUUCUCUGAACCAUUUACAUUAUGCCGCUUAUGACCCCGUUUUCUAUUUGCACCACGCCAAUGUCGACCGUCUUUGGGUUAUCUGGCAAGAGCUGCAGAAAUUCCGUGGCCUUCCAGCUUACGAGUCAAACUGUGCCCUUGAGUUGAUGAACGAGCCACUGAAACCCUUCUCAUUUGGGUCACCCUACAAUUUGAACCCAAUAACCGAAAAGUACUCCAAACCGGCCGACGUAUUCAACUAUAAAGAACACUUCCAUUACGAAUACGACAUGUUGGAGAUGAACGGAAUGUCGAUUCCUCAGUUGGAAUCUUACAUCCGACACGAGAAACAGAAAGAUCGCGUUUUUGUUGGAUUUUUGCUUCAAGGAUUCGGUAGUUCUGCUUAUGCAACAUUUGAGGUUUGUUCCGAUGAAGGUGCCUGCCAUGAAGGAAGCCAUUUCUCUGUUUUGGGUGGAAGCGCUGAAAUGCCUUGGGCUUUUGACCGUCUCUACCGAAUGGAAAUUACCAACAUUUUGAAAGAAAUGCACUUGGAAGCUGACUCCCAUUUCACAAUCAAGUCGAAGAUUAUAGCUCACAAUGGAACAGAAUUAUUCCAUGUUCUACCAGAACCAACAAUCAUCCGCAUUCCAUCUGCAGGUCACGAUAUUGAAGUCGCUAUUCCGUUAAACAAGAUCCGUCGAGACAUUACUUCUCUUGAGGAAAGAGAUAUUAAGAAUCUAAUGUCUGCUUUGCGCCGACUCAAGGGAGAUAAGAGCGAUUUUGGCUUCCAGACAAUUGCUAGCUACCAUGGAUCGAAAAUGUGCCCGACACCCGAAGCCCCUGAAUAUGCCUGUUGCCUGCACGGUAUGCCUACCUUCCCACAUUGGCACAGAGUGUACCUACUGCACUUUGAAGAGGCCAUGCGUCGCCAUGGCGCUAAUGUAGCCGUUCCUUAUUGGGACUGGACUAUGCCAUCAACUCAUCUACCUAAACUUUUGGGUGAUGCUGAUUACUACGAUGCCUGGACUGAUACGGUGCUUGAAAAUCCUUUCCUGCGAGGCUUUAUUGAACACGAAGACACCUUCACUCAUAUUGACGAGCACAAAGUUGGAACUGUCGUCAGGAAGAAUGUGAAUAGUUUGACCCCAUCUGAGAUCGACAACUUGCGGGAAGCCCUGUCCGCUGUACAAGCAGAUCAUACCGAAAAUGGCUACCAGAAGAUCGCUGCUUACCACGGCAUGCCACUGAGUUGCCAUUACGCCAAUGGAACAGCCUACGCCUGCUGCCAACACGGAAUGGUUACCUUCCCUCACUGGCAUAGAUUAUUUGUCAAACAAAUGGAAGACGCUAUGAAAGCUAAAGGCGCGAAAAUUGGUAUUCCCUAUUGGGACUGGACAACAGCCUUUACCAGUUUACCAACGUUGGUCACUAGAACUGAAAACAACCCAUUCCACCACGCCCAUAUCGAUGUUGCCAAUACUGACACAACCCGGGCACCACGACCCCAGCUGUUUGAUGACCCAGAACAAGGUGACCAGUCAUUCUUCUACCGUCAAAUAGCAUUUGCUCUAGAGCAGACUGACUUCUGUGAUUUUGAAAUUCAGUUUGAGAUCGGACACAACGCCAUCCAUUCCUGGGUGGGAGGCAGCAGCCCAUAUGGCAUGUCGACACUUCACUACACUUCUUAUGAUCCUCUCUUCUACUUACACCAUUCCAACACGGAUCGUAUCUGGGCAGUUUGGCAAGCCCUGCAGAAGUACCGAGGAUUGCCCUACAAUUCAGCCAACUGUGAGAUCAACAAACUCAAGAAACCGUUGAUGCCUUUCAGCUCUGAAAAGAACCAUAAUGUUGAAACAAAGGCACAUUCGACUGGCUUCAAAUCUUUUAACUAUCACGAACUGCACUACGAUUACGAUAACCUUAACUUCCAUGGAAUGACAAUUCCUCAGUUAGAUGUGCAUUUGAAGAAAUACCAAGAAAAAGACAGAGUGUUCGCUGGAUUCUUGUUGAGAACGAUCGGCCAAUCAGCUGAUGUUAACUUCGACGUUUGCCGCAAAGAUGGCGACUGUACUUUUGGUGGCACCUUCGCUAUCUUGGGAGGACAACACGAAAUGUUCUGGGCAUUUGACAGACUCUUCUUAUAUGACAUAUCUAAGAGUUUAGUACAUCUGCGUCUUGAUGCUUACGAUAACUUUGACAUCAAAGUUACCAUUAAGGGUAUCGAUGGACAAGAACUGCCUUCCAAACUUCUACCACCACCAACAGUGCUUUUCAAACCAGGAACCGGUUAG